ACCACAAACUCCCCACACGCACUCUCGCACACACACACACACACAUACACACAUCACACACACACACACGCGCACACACAGAUCCAGUGGCUGCUCGGUAUCUUUCACACUCACCCACUCAUCCUUUUCUCUCUCUCUCUCUCUCUCUCUCUCUCUCUCUCUCUCUCCCUCUGUCUCUCACUCCAUUCCCCUGGGAUCUGCAUCCUUCUGGCUUCUUCUCACAAGUCAGAUUGUGUUUGAUCUCGGGAUCCCUUUCGACGGUGACAGGCUCCCCUCACCAAGCAGUCACCAUUUCUGCCCCCGGGAGACCCACGCUGGCAGCGCAGCCCCUUCCCCGACUCAGCAUCGGGAGGAAGACCCUGGUGGCGGCUGCCGUAGGGGUUAUGCUGGUCCUGGUGCUGGUGGUCCUCAUCCCCGUACUGGUCAGCUCCGUGGGUACAGAUGCCAGCCACUAUGAGAUGCUGGGCACCUGUCGUAUGGUGUGCGACCCCUACCUGAACAAGGGCACUCCGGCCAGCAGCACCACCUCCACCGGUCUGCAGGCGGAGGCGGAGGCGCUGAGCGACCACAGCAAUGUGCUUCCGCCCUCCACCUUACUGCAGGGCCCACAGGGAAAGCCUGGCAGGCCAGGCAAGCCGGGACCGCCGGGACCACCGGGAGAACCGGGUCCACCAGGACCGGUGGGGCCUCCCGGCGACAGAGGGGACCAAGGACGGACUGGGAUUUUGGGCCUGGGGGGGGACGGAGCUAUCAGCACGGCCACCUACAGCACGGUGCCUCGGGUUGCCUUCUACGCGGGGCUCAAAAACCCCCACGAAGGCUACGAGAUCCUCAAGUUUGACGAUGUGGUCACCAACCUAGGCAACAACUAUGAUGGCAUCGCGGGCAAGUUCAUCUGCAGCAUUCCAGGCACCUACUUCUUCAUCUAUAACGUGCUGAUGAGAGGAGGAGAUGGCACCAGCAUGUGGGCAGACCUCUGCAAGAAUGGCCAGGUUCGCGCCAGCGCCAUCGCCCAGGACGCGGACCAGAACUACGAUUACGCCUCCAACAGCGUCAUCCUCCAUCUGGACGCGGGCGACGAGAUUUACAUCAAGCUGGACGGAGGCAAAGCGCACGGGGGAAACAACAACAAGUACAGCACCUUCUCCGGCUUCAUCCUCUACGCCGACUGAGAGCGGACAGUCGGGCCGGGAAGAGAGCGAAUGGAAAGAGUUGGGUUUGGGGACGG